UGAUAGUGUCAAUGUAGCUGAAGCUAUACAAAUGUUUUCAUAUUCUCAACACGAUCAGUAAUGGAUACAAUGUACGUGGCUUUAUCAAGAUAUUACAGUCGCGAUUUCAAGGGUUGUAGGAAAAUUUGCGAAAAACUUUUGAAAACCGAUCCUGAUAAUGAAGUGAGUACAAAUUAAAAUUUAUCAGCUUUUCAUUAAUGGCAUGUUGGCUUUUGAAUAUGAGAGCAAUCACGGAGGAUAUGAUUGGUGACGACGAGUUUUACACGGAGUUUAACCUUUUUGAUGUCGCAUUCCAUGAUCAAAAUCCUGUCGACAGUUGUUUUCUUCGUUUCUCAUCAGAUAACUCCAAAUCAGCUACCAGUAGUUUAAGUCGGGCUGUACGUCCAUCAAAUCUAACCAGUCGCCCAUUAACAGGUGUUUAUAAUACAAACAGUACAGAUACGUAUACAAGUUCUAUCGAAACAGUUAUUCGUAACACUUCAAGACCUAUAACUGCUCAUUAUAAUAAAUGCCAAAGAAAACGAACCACUGCUCAGUUAAGUAAAGAACCCGUUCAUAUAAGUCGUUUGAAUUUAGCGAAGUAUACUCAGAAUUUAGAAGUAGCAUGUUCAUUAUUCGAAUAUUUAUUCUAUGUUGCUAAAGAAUAUCGUGAAGCGCUCAAUUUGACGAAUUUAAUAUGUGCCACUAAUAACAAGGCCAGUAAUCAGGUAUCAAAAUUAUUGUAUAAUGAACCUGUUGAGGUAAAUUGGUGGUGGUAUUUGCAGCAAGCACGUUGUUUAUAUUGUCUAGGACUUAAACGAGAAGCUGAAUGUUCGGUCAGUCAAUCAUUAGAAUUAAACCCAAGUAUAGAAGCAUAUACACUUCAAGCAUUUGUUGCAAUACAGCUUGAUCAGCCCGGUCGUGCACUUGGCAUUUAUGAUAAAGGUUUGGAAAGAUUUCCUCAUGAUAUUGAUCUAUUAACUGGUAAAGCUAGAAUAUAUCAGAAGUUAAGCAAUGCCUCACAAUCGGUUGCUUUAUACAAGGAAAUAACUCAAAUAGACGAUAUGAACGUUGAAAGUUUGGCUUCAAUUGCAAUGCAUUAUUUUUAUGAGGAUGAACCAGAAGUCUCACUAAAGUAUUAUAGACGUAUUCUACAAUAUGGAUAUGAAUCAACUGAAUUAUAUAAUAAUUUAGGAUUGUGCACAUUUUAUACUCAACAAUAUGAUCUAUGCUUAUCAUUUUUCAAUCAAGCUAUUGCACUAAGUGAUACAACGAAUUUAGCAGAUAUUUAUUAUAAUCUGGGACAUAUCGCAAUUCUUCGCACAGGAUGCAUAUAUGCCAAUAAGAGAUUGGUCAAUCGCAGUCCUAAAUAACGAUCAAGAGAAACAAGUAAACAACAUCAAGUGAAUUCAAUACUUUACCCCCAAGUAGCUAUCAUGAUACAGUAGCUAAGUGGAUAACGUGAUGGUGUUUAAAGCGAAUGGUACUGGAUUCGUGUCCCAGAGUGAACAUCAACUCUG